UGUGUCAGGAUGGACUCGACGAUCACCAACAACACAAACUCAUGCACGGCUAACUCCUCGGUGCAGAGGUACAUGUAUCCAACGGCGUACUCUCUUUUUUUUAGUGUGGGCUUUCCAGCCAACUGCCUGUCUCUGUAUGUGGCCUGGAUGCUGAUGAAGAAGGGGAACAGCAUGGCAGUCUAUCUUGUCAGCCUGUGCAUUUCUGACCUACUAUACACAGUCACUCUGCCUAUUUGGAUAGUACAGGCCAUGGGGCAACACAUAGGUGACGAACUUUGCAACCUCAUGGCUGUAAUCAUGUACAACAGCUUUUUUGUUGGUUCUGGUCUCCUUUGCUGCAUCUGUGCUGAUCGCUAUCUGGCAGUGGUCUACCCACUCCACUUUAACUGGAUCAGGGAGGUGAGGACAGCAGUGCUUGUGAGUAUAGCUGUCUGGGCUUUGGAGAUUGCCAUCCACAUUGUCUUACUUCACCACAUGGGGGCGCUGCAAGCUUCAAGAUACUUGUGUGAUCAGCAGAUACCCAUGACACAAGAAGAUGCCGCUGUUGCCCUUACAAGGUUCGCCUUGAGUUUCUUGGUUCCUACCUUCAUCAUGACUUUUUGCUAUCAUAACAUCAUGCGCUCUAUCAAAUGUAACACCUCCAUCCAAGUGGAAGAGCGCAGGAAAGUGGGAUGGCUGUUAUUGCUACUCCUUCUAACCUACAUAGUGUCUUUUAUGCCCUACCAGUUGGUCAUGCUGCUCAGGGCUAUACUGGAGCCUGGGUCCUGCGUCUGGGCAACUAGGCUCAAAAGUGCAUUCAUGGUCACAGUUGCCACCACAACGCUAAACAGUACACUGGAUCCUAUAAUAUACUGUCUAAUCAAUGAGAGCGCAAAGACAGAGAUUAAGAAAACUGCACAAAAUGUGAGGUGGCUUUUUAUGCGUGGAAAGCACAGUGAAAGCUCUGUUUGAAUGAUUUCUUUCCCCUUCUUUCAACAUAAAAUGUAAAUAUAAUGAAAAUCUAAUUAUUAUUUGGGGCUGUGCAACCUAUAUGUAACCUACAUGUGAUCUAAGUUUAGGCAUAUUAAUUAUUUUUUUUAUUUCUUCUGUAUAUUUGUCUUUAAUGUGAUGUUUAAUUUUAACUGUGCUUUGUGUAAUUUGAAAUAUUUGGCUGUGGUGUUAAUAGUUUCAUUGUGAUCCAGUGUUCAGUAUUAUUGUGUAUCACUGCACUUGAAUAUUUGAGUGUAUUUUUGCACAAAGAGAAGCACACUGUGGAAUUUUCCUACUAACCACUUGUAUUUAUAACACUUGACAGCUAUUCAUGCU